CACGACCACCCCCCCCCCAAACCGGAGCCGCCGGUCCCCUCGAGUUCAGAAAUUCUGCAAUCCCCGGGAGGGGAGCAGAGCUCCAGGGUCUCUGGGCCGCCACCCCAGGCUUAGGAUGGCCACCGUUCACGGGAGACCAGACACAGCUGCCUCUGAUUCAGCGUCCCCAGCCUGGGGCCCGGACACCAGGUAGCCAGUUGAGUUGCGGGGAUCCACCCUCUGCCCGUGAGGGGGCCAUGGCAGGGGCCUCUGUGAAGGUGGCCGUCCGGGUCCGCCCGUUCAAUGCCCGCGAGACCAGCCGCGAUGCCAAGUGUGUGGUCAGCAUGCAGGGGACUACCACCUCCAUCACCAACCCCAAGCAGAACAAGGACUCCCCAAAGAGCUUCACGUUCGACCACAGUUACUGGUCCCACACGUCGGCCGAAGACCCCCAGUUUGCCUCCCAGCGCCAAGUGUACCAAGACAUCGGGGAGGAGAUGCUGGUCCACGCCUUUGAGGGCUAUAACGUCUGCAUCUUCGCCUACGGGCAGACUGGGUCUGGCAAGUCCUACACCAUGAUGGGGCGGCAGGAGCCCGGGCAGCAGGGCAUCGUGCCCCAGCUCUGCGAAGACCUCUUCUCCCGCGUCAGUGAGAACCAGGGCGCCCAGCUCUCCUUCUCCGUCGAGGUGAGCUACAUGGAGAUCUACUGCGAGCGUGUCCGGGACCUGCUAAACCCCAAGAGCCGGGGGGCCCUGCGGGUCCGGGAGCAUCCGAUCCUGGGGCCGUACGUGCAGGACCUGUCCAAGCUGGCCGUCACCUCCUACGCUGACAUCGCCGACCUCAUGGACUGCGGCAACAAGGCCCGGACGGUGGCGGCCACCAACAUGAAUGAGACCAGUAGCCGUUCGCACGCCGUCUUCACCAUCGUGUUUACCCAGCGAUGCCAUGACCAGCUCUCGGGGCUCGACACGGAGAAGGUCAGCAAGAUCAGCCUGGUGGAUCUGGCUGGGAGCGAGCGAGCUGAUUCCACGGGGGCCAAGGGGACGCGGCUGAAGGAAGGUGCCAACAUCAACAAGUCCCUGACCACGCUGGGGAAGGUGAUCUCGGCUCUGGCAGAGAUGCAAUCCAAAAAGCGCAAGUCGGACUUCAUCCCGUACAGAGACUCGGUGCUGACAUGGCUGCUGAAGGAGAAUCUGGGGGGCAACUCACGCACGGCGAUGAUCGCGGCCCUGAGCCCAGCCGACAUCAACUACGAGGAGACCCUGAGCACUCUCAGGUACGCCGAUCGCGCCAAGCAGAUCCGCUGCAAUGCCGUCAUCAACGAGGACCCCAACGCCAGGCUGAUCCGGGAGCUGCAAGAGGAGGUGGCUCGUCUGCGGGAGCUGCUGUUCGCCCAGGGGCUGUCGGCCUCCGCCCUCGGGGGGCUGAAGCUGGAGGAUGGGCACUGUGGGACCCCACUGCCGCCCCUCUCCCCACCUGCCGCCUCCCCGGAGCCCGGCCUGAGCCCCCCUGGCCAGAACGGUGAGCUGGAACCUCCCUACUCCCCAAGUCCCGAACCCCAGAUUGGGCCCGAGGAGGCCAUGGAGCGGCUGCAGGAGACGGAGAAGAUCAUCGCGGAACUGAAUGAGACGUGGGAGGAGAAACUGCGCAAGACGGAGGCCUUGCGGAUGGAGAGAGAAGCGCUGCUGGCGGAGAUGGGGGUGGCCGUGCGGGAAGACGGCGGCACCGUUGGGGUCUUCUCCCCCAGGAAGACUCCGCACCUGGUCAACCUCAACGAAGACCCCCUGAUGUCCGAGUGUCUCCUCUACCACAUCAAGGACGGGGUGACUAGGGUCGGGCAGGUGGACGUCGACAUCAAGCUGACGGGACAGUUUAUCCGGGAACAGCACUGCCUGUUUCGGAGCCUGACCCAGCCGGAUGGAGAAGUGGUGGUCACGCUGGAGCCUUGGGAAGGAGCGGAGACCUACGUCAACGGGAACCCGGUGACUCAGCCCCUGGUGCUGAGAUCAGGGAACCGGAUCGUCCUGGGGAAGAACCACGUGUUCCGCUUUAACCACCCGGAGCAGGCGCGUCUGGAGCGGGAGCGGGGGGCCCCACCUCCCCCGGGGCCGCCCCCCGAGCCCGUCGACUGGAACUUCGCCCAGAAGGAGCUGCUGGAGCAGCAGGGGAUCGACAUCAAGUUGGAGAUGGAGAAGAGGUUGCAGGAUCUGGAGAACCAGUACCGGAAGGAGAAGGAGGAGGCCGACCUCCUCCUGGAGCAACAGAGGCUGUACGCGGACUCGGACAGCGGCGACGACUCGGACAAGCGGUCGUGCGAGGAGAGCUGGCGGCUGAUCUCGUCGCUGCGCGAGCAGCUGCCCCCGACGACGGUGCAGUCCAUCGUCAAGCGGUGCGGCCUGCCCAGCAGCGGCAAGCGCCGGGCCCCGCGCCGCGUCGUCUACCAGAUCCCCCAGCGCCGCCGCCUGCAGGGCAAGGACCCGCGCUGGGCCACGCUGGCCGACCUGAAGAUGCAGGCCGUCAAGGAGAUCUGCUACGAGGUGGCCCUGGCCGACUUCCGCCACGGCCGGGCCGAGAUCGAGGCCCUGGCGGCCCUCAAGAUGCGGGAGCUCUGCCGCACCUACGGCAAGGCCGAGGGGCCCGGGGACUCGUGGCGGGCCGUGGCCCGGGACGUUUGGGACACGGUCGGGGAGGAGGACGGGGAGGAGGGGGCCGGGGGCGGGGCCCGCGGGGGGGCCGGCGAGGUGGAGGACCUGCGCGCCCACAUCGACAAGCUGACGGGCAUCCUGCAGGAGGUCAAGCUGCAGAACAGCACUAAGGACCGUGAGAUCCGCGCCCUCCGGGACCGCAUGCUGAGGAUGGAGCGGGUGGUCCCCCUGGUGCAGGAUGACGAGGAUGGGGAGGAAGACGGAGAGAUGGGGGUGUGGGGCGCCCCCGAGGAAGAGGGGGAGGGCGGCCUGGCGGAGGAGGCUCCCGGGGCGCGCCGGGAGCCCCCAUCCCCGUCCCCGCCGCCCCCGGCCCCGGCCAGCAGCUGGGAGCGCCUGUCACGGCUGAUGGAAGAAGAUCCUGCUUUCCGCCGAGGCCGCCUGCGUUGGCUGAAACAGGAGCAGCAGCGGCUGCAGGCCGGCCUCCAGGGCCCCGGGCCCCGCGGAGGGCUCCGGCGACCCCCGGCCCGCUUCGUCCCGCCGCACGACUGCAAGCUCCGCUUCCCCUUCAAGAGCAACCCUCAACACCGGGAGUCCUGGCCCGCUGCCGGGGGGCCGGAGCCGGGGUUGGGGGCCGACCCCGACCCCCCAGCCCCGGCCCCGGUCCAGGCCCCCGCCACCACCCGCCGGCCACCCAGCCCGCGCCGCCCGCACCGGCCCCGCCGCAACUCGCUGGACGGAGGAGGCCGCGCCAGGCGGGGCGGCGGGGAAGGCCCCGGCCCAGCCCGCGCCCCUAGUCCCGGCCGGGCCGAACCCCGGAAACACCCCCAUCCCCACCCCCAGGCGCCCCGCUACCCACCCUACACUACACCACCCCGCAUGCGGCGCCAGCGGUCCGCCCCCGACCUCAAGGACCGGGGCAACGCCGCCCUGUGAACCACCUCGAGGGGCGGCGGCAGGAUGAUGGUGGUGAUGAUGAUGAUGAUGAUGAUGAUGAUGAGAACGUGGGGCCGGGGUCCCCACGGGCCCGGGCCGGGACAGGCACGGGGAAGCCAGGAGAAGGUCAGAGCAGGUCGCGGGCGGGGUCACAGGACACGAGGAGCGGAGCCAGCGCAGAGAGAGACACGGGCCGGGGCUGCAGGAAGCGAACCAAAGUGUGGGGGGC